AUGUGGAUUUCAACUAACGCAGAGUUGCUGCAGAGCAUCGCACAACAAUGGCGAUGCUUUUCCGCCUUCUCCUUCUCACGUUCUGUCUCUCCGUUGCACAUCAUGGACGGUGUUACGCGUUUAUUCCAGGCUUGCACCCACAUACAUUCAGGUGUGUUUCAGCGUUUGACAUCAGGACACAUUUGAUGACACCAAUGAACAAGCUUUUUGACUGACUGUCUUCGCCGUGCCAGAGAAAAUGACACCCUACCGAUUAGCAUCGUUCCUUUCUCAAGUUCGGUGCCGGGAGUACCGGAUUUCUACGACUUACCGUUUUGCCAGGACACGACCUUGUGGAGGGUUCAGCCUCAGUAUUUGCCAGACGUCCUGCUAAACACGCAGCUGCUUCCCACUCCCUAUGACGUCAAAGUCCUUACCAACGUAACAUGCCGGUUUCUGUGUCUCGUUCCGAAUUUUGCCAACCAAGGAAAGGCUUCGAGGCUCUUCACAAAGCUGCUUACUUCGAAGAGACGGCCACUCAUUAAACUGCGCGCUGACAGCCUCCCCGUAUUGCAUACGAAAAGCCUGGGAGACACAGUAGAUGGCUAUGGCAUCGGAAAUCACGACGCGGAUGACUUUUAUGUGACAAACCAUGUUACUUUUCAAAUUCACUAUUAUGACUGGACAAACGGCGUCGGAGAGCGCGAAGUGACGUUAUGUUCACCUACUCCGUUUACUGGAUAAGGUCAACAAGUCAAUGGCCUUCCAGGUGGGAUCAUUUGCUCGUGAAGGAAGGCCUGACCGUCAGCUUUUGGACAGCUGUCCUCUGGCUAGUCAUCGCUUGUGCACCAGUGGUCAUUCUUCACGUCCUGUGCAAGUUCCUACUUCGCCAACUUGAGUCUAGCCACCGAACCAAGGGCUAUGAGCCACUGAAAGAGCACACUCAUCAGGUGGAGCACGACAGAACUUAUGUGCUAUCCUCCCUGGUUGGAACAGGCAUUCAACUACUUGCUGCUGCUUUAGUGGCAGCGUUAGCAGCUGUGCAUGGCCUGCGGGAUCCAGACUCUCGGGGUUCAAUGGUGCAGCUGUCCUUCUACUCGUUUGUUGGGCUGGGGGCACUCAACGGAUAUGUCUCCGCCAGGAUCUUGAGCUCAUUCAAGUCUUCCAACAUCAUGAGAUCCGUUCUGCUGUCAUCAGUACUUCCUCCGACACUAGUGAAUGGAAUUCUGGUUCUGCUGAACUGGACACUUGAUGCUGGAGGAUACCCACAUGCUAUUCCUCCAGCCACCUUGGUCUCGCUUUAUCUAUUGACGCUUUCUAUUUGCUCCAUGACUGUGUACAUGGGCUCUUGGGUUGGAAGCUUUGCAUCCCAAGCAGACUGGCAGCUGGUUCCGUUUCAUGGAAGCAUGAUGCACCAUGAGCGAGAUUCAUGGGAGUUCCACAAACUUGGUUUUCGGUUUGGAGGACUCCUCCUUGUGUCUGGUGCUGUGGGAGCUGCCUUGUUUUACCAUUUGACAACACCUCCUCACCAGUUGUCAUAUACUUCACUUCUGCUUGCAUUUGGUGGCUUCGUCACCAUCUCAGGGUGUAUUUCAAAUCUGUCAGCCUACUUCCAAUUUUCGAGUGGGAAUACCAAAUGGUGGUGGGAAAGUUUCUAUGUUCCAUCAUUCGCAUCGCUUUUCCUUUUUGGUGCUGGAUGUGCGCUUUCCACCCUGCUUUUCUGGAGUGGGCAAGGGCACGCUGCCUUGAUGCUGGCAACUUACUCACUUCUGGCUGCAAGCGUGGUCGCUCUCGCAUCUGGUGCUAUUGGCUUCCUCUCAAGUUGGCUUCUGGCAUCCAUGGUGGCAAAUUAUUGUGUGAAGAUGGAUGGAAGAUGCAACCUUUAGGAGAAUUGACAUCACCCUGCACCAUGUGUGGUGCUUAGAUGUAGCAAUACUGUUCGUCCACGUUACAUUAUGCAAUUGCUAUGACCAACUUUGGCUUCAGCCUUGCAUGUAUCAAACCGAUGUACUUCUCAGCUGCAAUUGCAGGAACCA